UGAUCCCCGCAGCUGAUCUUUCCGAGCAGAUCUCAACAGCCGGUACCGAAGCUUCGGGAACCGGGAACAUGAAAUUUAUGCUGAACGGGGCUCUCACCAUUGGCACCAUGGAUGGCGCCAACGUGGAGAUGGCAGAGGAAGCCGGCGAGGAAAACCUGUUCAUUUUUGGCAUGCGCGUGGAGGAUGUGGAGGAGAUGGACAAGAAGGGCUACUGCGCCAAGGAUUAUUAUGACCACAUUCCCGAACUGAAGCAAGCCAUCGAUCAGCUGAGCAACGGCUUCUUCUCACCCAAGCAGCCGGAUCUCUUUAAGGAUAUUGUUAACAUGCUCAUGUACCAUGACCGGUUUAAAGUUUUUGCCGACUACGAAGCUUACAUUAAAUGUCAAGAAAAGGUCAGCGCCCUUUACAAG